AUGGAUCGAGAUUUAGAGUUCGAACAUUUUGAUGAGCGAGACAAGGGAAUGAGAUACGGCAGAGCGUCCCGGCUGAACGGCUUACCCAGCCCUACUCACAGCGCCCACUGCAGCUUCUACCGGACCCGCACCCUGCAGACACUCAGCUCCGAGAAAAAGGCCAAGAAAGUGCGCUUUUACCGCAAUGGGGACCGCUAUUUUAAAGGCAUCGUGUAUGCAGUAUCCCAGGACCGUUUCCGCACCUUCGAGGCCCUUCUAGCCGACCUGACCCGGACUCUCUCGGAUAACGUCAACCUACCCCAGGGAGUCAGGGUCAUCUACAGCAUUGAUGGCCAGAAGAAAAUAAGCAGUCUCGAAGAGAUGGUGGCAGGAGAAAGUUAUGUGUGUGCAUCUGUUGAACCAUUUCGGAAGAUGGACUACACAAAGAAUGUAAAUCCUAACUGGUCAGUGAACGUCAAAGCAACCGCAGCUGGACGCACACCAACAUCUAUCAGCAGCAGCAAAGCAAGUGCUGCUGAGGCAAAAGAGAACAAAGAUUUCAUCCGACCCAAGCUGGUGACCAUCAUCAGGAGUGGUGUGAAGCCACGGAAAGCUGUAAGAAUUCUGCUGAAUAAGAAGACUGCACAUUCGUUUGACCAGGUUCUCACAGAUAUCACUGAUGCCAUCAAGCUGGAUUCUGGAGCAGUUAAACGUUUGUACACCUUAGAUGGGAAACAGGUGAUGUGCCUUCAGGAUUUUUUUGGUGAUGAUGACAUUUUUAUUGCCUGUGGUCCUGAGAAGUUUCGCUAUGCACAGGAUGACUUCUCAUUGGAUGAAAAUGAAUGUAGGGUUGUUAAAUCUACAUCAUACACUAAAGUCCCUGGUGCCACUGGCCGAAAUACCACUACGAAGAGUCCUGGGCCCUCAAGGCGUAGCAAGUCUCCAGCUUCUACUGGCUCAGUGAAUGGAGCCCCUGGCAGUCAGCUUUCUACUCCACGUUCCACCAAAACACCAAGCCCAUCACCAACUAGCCCAGGCAGCCUACGCAAGCAGAAGAGCUCUCAGCACAGUGGAUCCUCAACAUCUCUGGCAUCAACCAAAGUUUGUAGUUCCAUAGAUGAUAAUGAGGGGCCAGGUUGCGAAGAAGUUGUGGAGGAAGAGUUCCAGGUGCCAGCAUCUAUAGCUGAACGUUACAAAGUUGGCAGAACAAUAGGGGAUGGAAAUUUUGCAAUUGUGAAAGAAUGCAUGGAAAGAUCAACCAGCAGAGAAUAUGCUUUGAAAAUUAUUAAUAAAAGCAAGUGUAGAGGAAAAGAGCAUAUGAUUCAAAAUGAGGUGUCCAUUUUAAGAAGAGUUAAACAUCCAAACAUUGUUCUUUUAAUUGAAGAGAUGGAUACACCAAAUGAACUUUAUCUUGUCAUGGAACUUGUCAAGGGUGGAGAUCUUUUUGAUGCAAUUACUUCUACCAACAAAUACACAGAACGUGAUGCCAGUGGAAUGCUUUACAAUCUGGCUAGCGCUAUCAAAUACCUGCAUAGCCUUAACAUCGUGCAUAGGGAUAUCAAACCUGAAAAUCUAUUGGUAUAUGAGCAUCAAGAUGGAAGCAAAUCUCUGAAACUAGGGGACUUUGGCCUUGCCACGGUAGUAGAUGGGCCUUUGUACACUGUCUGUGGAACACCUACAUAUGUGGCUCCGGAAAUAAUUGCAGAGACUGGGUACGGACUGAAGGUGGAUAUUUGGGCUGCUGGCGUGAUCACUUACAUUCUGCUCUGUGGUUUCCCUCCAUUUCGUGGGCAUAGCAAUGAUCAGGAUGUCCUAUUUGAUCAGAUACUGAUGGGACACCAAGAAUUUCCAUCACCAUACUGGGACAAUAUUUCAGACUCUGCAAAAGAGCUCAUCACCAUGAUGCUUCAGGUUGAUAUAGAACUUCGAUAUUCUGCACAGCAGCUACUGGACCACCCCUGGGUGAAUGAUGACGGAUUACCGGAAAAUGAGUAUCAGCUCUCAGUGGCAGGAAAGUUGCAGAAGCACUUCAAUACAGGCCCCAAACCUAACAACACCACGGCUGGAGUGUCUGUGAUAGCAACCACCGCUCUUGAUAAGGAGAGGCAGGUUUUCCGAAGAAGAUGCAACCAGGAUGUGAGGAGAAGCUAUGUGGUACAAACUAAUGCACCAGAACACAACUCUGAAUCUGAAGAUUACUCACCAAGCUCGUCUGAGACUGUUCGUUCACCAAAUUCUCCCUUUUAAUAAGCCCUGUUCCCAUUACCAAGCUCUAAUUGCUUAGUGCAAUUUUAUAAAUCAUUUCUGAAGAAAUAAUGAAUGUUUAGUUAAUUAGCUAGGACGAUGUUGCACUGAUAUAUGAACAGUAUUGAUUCUAGCAUGGUUUAAUGGAAAAGCACAAGGCAUGUGAAGGUGUAGGUGAAUGCAGCUGCUUUGCAAUUCAGCCAUUGUCUGUAUUCUUAACUAUUUAGGUGCUGGAUUUUCCUCGCACCAUGAAAAACAUUGACGUUUUCAGUUUCUGAUUUUUUUUUGAAAAGAAACAAGUUAUGGUGCAAAAAUUAUACUGUUGUUCAAAGGAUUCUGAAUCUCUGUGAAGGAGGAAUAUUUCUCAGUAUAUGAAUCCUGAAUUCUUCAAUAUAAUCAGUGUCCAAUGCAUUUUCUAAAGCAACUUUUAUCUUGGGUUCCAGAAUAAGUUGCAACAGUUAAAAUAAUUGUUACAUCCACGGUAAGUAACUUGAUUACUCUAAAAUGUAGUACGAUGAAACUUUGAUUGGACAGUACUUUACAGAGCAUAGAAUGGUGAGAUAGGUGACUAGGAUUGUAUCACUGAACAGCAGUAUUGUACGAUAUGACAAACUAAAGUAAAGCUCCACAGUUUGAUAUUUAGUUCUUAGGAAAGUAAUGAAAUUUAUGUUAGAAUACUUGUAUCAACUGUGUAAAACAUUCCUAAAAGUGAAAAACUUUCACAUGGAUAAACUUUUGCAAUUGUAAAACCUCUGAGAUAUCAGGCAAGAAACAUCUAAGGCCAAAAUCUUCCCCACAGACUAUUUUGUAGAACAUUGUAAAAGUUAACUCCUGUGAAAUGUCAUUGCUUUACAGUAGUCAUCAUCUGACUAUGUGUGGUGCAUACUACAAUACAUAAACAAGCCAAAUCUGUGAAUAAAUGAUUUAUU